AUGGAGGAAUGGCUGAAGAAUGAGAGGGAAAGACAGCAACGAGCAUUAGAAAUCAAACAAGAGCGUCGUCGAGAACGUCGUGAUGCGCAUCAUCUUCGUAAGACUCGAGAACUGAACAAAGAGCGCCAGACGUCGAGCUGUGAAGAAACUAAAAGCUCUACAUACACCAGCACCGAAGACACCGAGCAGAAGCUCAAAUUUCUCAAGAUUCGCUCGUGGAGAGAGAUUUAUGGUACUGGAGAAGGUAAAGAACUCAUGAAGCAGCAGAGUGGACGUAGUCCUACCCUACGAGAUCUACGCAAGAAAGCACACCAAGGACUUGCUUCAAUCAACAAGACGCCACGAGCUGAGGAGCGUCAGCAACCACCUCCUCCGCCCCCUCAACAAGAAGAACGAGUCCAGCAAGUUCUCAGUAAUGAGCAGUUCGUCUCGACUCCACCUGAUUCGCCGUCAUUUCCAACAGUUUUAGGCGGUGCGUUUAUGCAAGAAAUGGAUGACGAGGAGAUGGCGAUGGAGAUGCAACUGGAAGGAGAGUUCACAAACGGAGUCCCACCACCGCCUCCCCCUUUGCCGGACUGUGCACGCCCCGAGGAGUUCACUGACCAUGGAUUGUCUUACUACCACGACCCAGAGACUCGUAAUUUGAUACCUCAACAACCUCCUCCACCAGAACUCAAUGAACUGAGCAUAUCGGACGCCUACUACGACACCUACGAGGACGACGACGACACCCCUCCACCGCCACCGAUGGAGGAGCUAGAGCAGCCUCCGCCUCCUCCGUUCGAACCGCCUCGUGCAUCGUGCCUCCUCGAGGAAAUCCAACUAGGGGCGCCAUUACGCAGGGCCAGUAACCGGAAAACCCAACGUGAAGCCCCCGCGCGUCCUCGAAGUCCUCAAACAGCGCUACUCCAGCAGAUCUUGCAGAAACAGAGCCGCCACUUGCGUCCCGUGGAGCCACGUGCUCGUCCUCCUCUACAGACACGUCAAUCUACUGGCGCGCCGUUCGCGGAUUCGAUCGCGCGCAUCCUCGAGCGCCGCACUGUGAUCGCCUACGAGUCGGACAGCAGCAACAACAACGAGGACGACGAUGAUUGGUAGUUAAGCAAUCAACUUCAACCAACUGACCAUCACU